AUGCUUACCGCUGCUGGGGUGCUCUCAGCAUUUGACUCGAGAGAUCCCGGUACAAGUGAACUCGCUGGUCUAUUACAGGCUACGAGCUACAUCGCUGGUGUGUCUGGAGGAAGUUGGCUUUUGAGCUCAUUGAUCACCAAUGAUUUCAAGCCUGUCGUAGAUAUGAAAAAUCAAAUAUGGAAUUUUGAAAUGCCCUUGCUGGAGGGUUUAUCAUGGCUGGAACGGUAUGCGGACAACGAAGGGAGGAAUAAUCCUAAACAGGUAUUAGGGGGAGGAAAUAUGCGAAAGAGAGAGCUUGAGCUUCACAACCUGUGGUUUAAGAAUAUAUCAAUGAGCUCUUCAUUGUCUGCAAAAGUACAAUCAUACUUACUAGAAACACAGGAACAAUAUCAUAAAACACUCAACCCCAAAAUACCAGUCACAGAGAGUCAAGAAUUGAAAAUGAAAAUCAGUGCAACCUCAAAGGUUAAAGACAACGCAUUCAGUUCAUUUCUCAAACGUCUUUUCAACAAAGGUCAAGACACAGAUAAAGGACUUCUUCAUACGCCGAAAAAUGUUGACGACUUUUCUGUUCUGAACUAUUACCUAAAUUUACAUUUGGAGGUUAGGUCAAAGAAAUUGGCUGGUUUUCAACUAUCUCUAACUGACUACUGGGGAAGAGCUUUGAUGAGACGCAUCUCUCCAGAUGGGCCAAGAUCGAUGAACUUUACAUUCUCUGAAAUUUAUUCUUUGCCUUCUUUUCAUUCAUCGGAACAACCAUUUCCAAUUUUGUUAGCAGAUAUUUAUCAGGGCUCUAGAAACCACAGUAGUAUUGAUUCUCAUGUAUUGGAGAUUAAUCCUUUUGAAAUCGGUUCUUGGGAACCUUACAUGAAAGCUUACAUGAAAUUGAGGUACCUAGGCUCAACAUUGAUAAGAGGUGAGCCCGUAUUUUAUUCUAAAGGGUCGACGCCUGUUUGUGUUGAAAACUAUGACAACUUAGGAUUUCUUACGGCCGCUUCAUCGUCUCUCUUUAACUGUAUAUUCUGGUACUUGAGCGAAGCUGUACAGAAACAAUCACCAGAUACGUACGCAGCGUUUACCAGAAUCUUUGAUACUUUUGGAUUGAGUCCUUUGAAACCAGAUUCGUAUGGAAAUCAUUCGGAUUAUGCACUAAUUAAUCCCAACCCUUUUCUGGGUUAUCCUAGUAUGGAUGACGAAAUAAGCUCUUCUUCGAGUCUUCACCUCGUAGAUGGAGGAGAAGAUAAACAGAAUAUACCGUUUGUGCCACUCUUGUGGGAGAAAAGAGAAGUUGAUGUGAUAAUCGCCGUAGACUCUAGCUCAGACAUUGGCGGAUAUCCCAACGGUACCACCCUCGUGGCUACCAAUCGUAGAUUCAACCAAAGCGCAAAGAUUCAAAAUCCCACAGUGUAUUACAGACAUCAAAACGAUUCUGCUUCCGAAACACCAACCCAACAUUCAAUUUUUCCAGUUGUGCCAUCUUACGAAGAAAUUGUACAAAAGGGAUUAAACAAAAGACCUACCUUUUUUGGGUGCCAUUUGGAUAAAUCCUUCCCACUAACGGGACUGAAUAACACAAGUGCUGAUAUUAAAAAUUUGAGACUUCCUCCUUUGAUUGUGUACCUCGCCAACACUCUGAGUUCUUUUGCUUCGAAUACUUCAACGUUCAAGUUAAGCUACAAUAGAGAUGAGAUAUCUAAAAUGAUUCAAAAUGGUCAUGAUAUUGGUACAUAUAGCCAUUCAAUGGCCUUUGAGGACUAUCCGAAAUGUUUAGGUUGUGCACUGCUAAAGAGAGAGUUUGAUAAGAAAACCAGGGGAAUGGAAUCAAUCGUUAAAGAUAAGGCAACACUACCUAAAUAUUGCAAAAGAUGCUUUGCAAAAUAUUGCUAUAGCUAA